AUGGGGGAGAAGGAGAGGCUUGCGUUCUGCACCUUGGGGAUGUUCAUCAUCGACGAGAUUGAAUACAUCAACGGACGAGCAGCCGAAAAAAGCAUCAUAGGCGGUGCCGGGACUUAUGCAGCUCUUGGGGCACGGCUAGCUGCUGGGGCCGAUCAAGCCAAAUAUGUCUCUUGGGUCGUGGAUAUUGGCUCGGACUUUCCGGCCGAGUUCAAGGAGCUCAUCGAUUCAUGGCACACGAAUUGCCUAUUCAGACUGGACAUGACUCGAUUAACGACUCGCGCUUGGAAUGGAUAUGGCCCGAAUGAAUAUCGAGCGUUCAAAUACCUCACGCCAAGGCUACGGCUCGACGAGCAUUCAUUAUCAGAUGACCAAGUCCUGGCCCGGUCGUUUCACAUGGUGUGUUCUCCGGCACGUUGCAUAUCAAUCGUACAGGGCAUCAUGGCGCGGCGGAAGCAACUGAUUCCCGACGAGCCGCGGCCCGUAUUUAUCUGGGAGCCUGUGCCAGAUCUAUGUACGCCAGAGGAACUGGACCGGCUUCGAGAAGCGGCUUCACAUGUGGAUAUCGUGAGCCCAAAUGCCGACGAGUUCGCCGCGUUCUUUGCUUCGAUGCCAGAAGCAGCAACUGAUCGGAGAGUGGCUGUGGCACUGUUGCUCGGCCUGAACGAUGCCCACCCGUUACCGACGGCGCUGGUUAUCAGAGAAGGCGCCCUUGGUUGUACCGCUUACUUCGGGCGGGCGUCCCUACAUCUGCAUGCAUACCACCAGAACCCUGAGCGAGUGGUAGACCCGACGGGUGGCGGGAACACAUUUCUGGGCGCACUAGCAAUAGCCAUGACAGGCACCGCACAUCCAGGAGAGGGGACGCCAGAACUGUCCGAUAUUGCCAACUCGGCUUUUCCGCGACCGAGGCUGGUGUUUGCUCUGCUCCAUGCUACAGCUUCCGCGAGCUAUGCUAUCGAGCAGACGGGCAUGCCGACAUUAUCGGAUAAUGACUCUGAUCGUUGGAACGGCGAAGCUUAUCGACAUCGAUUUUUGGCUUAUCUGCAGCGGGACAAGGAGCAUAUAGUUCGGCAGCUUACUAGAUGCGAUCCACCAGAUGUAUAA